CUUCAUCGGAUGAUAGAAACGUUCUCAGAUUGAGCUGAGCAUUGUGCCUCAUUACUGUCUUUCAAAUUUUCAGAAGCGUUACAUUUGUAUGAGCGUUGUGAGCACCAUGCUCACCACGGGGCUCUUUCGUUUGCCUUCGGCGUGCCGCAGCACUUUACUUCAUUCGAAUUCCAGAUGUCAAAAAGUCUCAUUGAUUCUCAGUUCAACACAUGCUCGAGUAUCUCUCACUUCGCCUUGGCACGUGGACCGGAACAAUGUGCUCUCUAUCACGACUCGCCGCAGGCGUAUUCAUUCCGUUCAAAGAUCUGCUUCGAUGGUCAUCGAGCCAAAAGAGCGCCCAGUAUCAGUAACCAGUACUGAAUCUCAGCCAUUAGUUGAAUAUGAAGCUCCAAAGACUGGAAUUCUCUCGAUUUUACCCUCAUCGUGGGUUCCUUACGCUGAGCUCAUUCGACUCGAUAAGCCAACUGGUACUUACUACUUAUUCUUUCCCUGUUUGUUUUCGACUCUGCUUGCAGCUCCUCUAGCUGUACCGAUGGCAACGCCGCUUUCUGUACUGGGUACCUCACUACUCUUCUUCAGCGGCGCACUUAUAAUGCGCGGGGCAGGUUGUUCCAUCAAUGACCUUUGGGACCGCAAUCUUGACCCGCACGUCAGCCGGACGAGGCUACGACCAAUUGCCCGGGGAGCAAUUACUCCAUUCAACGCUCUUGCCUUAACAGGCGCUCAGCUGCUCACUGGGUUAGGGAUUCUGUUACAGUUUCCUUACCAGUGUUUGUUCUACGGCAUUCCCAGCUUAUUCUUGGUUGCUUCCUAUCCCUUGGCCAAGCGUGUCACCUACUAUCCUCAGUUUGUGCUCGGACUUACGUUCUCUUGGGGUGCUUUUAUGGGCUUUCCAGCUCUUGGCGUUGAUCUUCUCGAUAACGGUGCUGCUCUUACGGCUGCGGCAUGUUUAUAUACUUCAAAUAUCGCGUGGACCGUCCUGUACGAUAUGAUAUAUGCUCAUAUGGACAUCAAAGACGAUGCCAAGGCUGGGAUCAAAAGUAUAGCUUUGCGGCAUGACAAGCAAACGAAGCAAGUCUUGAGUGGUUUGGCAAUCGCGCAAAUUGGACUUCUUGCAGCUGCGGGUGCAGCCGCUGGAGCUGGCCCAAUCUUCUUCGUUGGUAGCUGUGGCGGUGCAGCACUCACACUUGCGGUCAUGAUUAAGAAAGUCAAUCUGAAAUCUGUCAAAGACUGUUGGUGGUGGUUUGUGAAUGGUUGCUGGAUGACUGGGGGUGUUAUUUCUGCUGGACUUGCAGCAGAAUAUUUGGUUCAAUGCUCACAGCAGACAGAGGAAGUCGAGAAACAAAAGAUGCUUGUAUAAAUCUGUAUGAUGGCCGUUGGAGUCCUGAGAAAUGUGGACGGAAAAGAGCUUGUACUAUAUCUCCACACAGCUUUGCAAGAUUGUACUUCUAGGGAAUAGAUUGAGUAACACUCGGUGAUCUAAAGGA